AAACGUCAAAUUGGCACAAAAUUGCAAACAGUGCAACUCAAGCUUCCGACCGUAUUGCAUACGUUAUUUGAAUAAUGUUUUUAUAGCCUCCCGGUAGUAUGUAUCAAUUGUGAUUUAUGUAGCAGAAGGGUGUUGCCAUUGCUUGUUUUUGCUCGAGCCAAAACGUUUGCUGCUUCCCCUCCGUGUGCACGACGGCGAUUGUGAUCCAAAAGCGGAGUGUUGCGAAUUAAUUUUUUUUCCAGUUUUCCAGAACAUCUUUUACUUACCAUGGCGUCACAAUUCCGCUAUACACACGCAAUCACCUGCAGGAUUCCACUCUCGUUACGAACAAGAGGCGAGAUCGAUUUGGAAGAGGCGAAGCUGCAGCAUGAGGCCUAUGUGAGACAGCUACGCGAUUUAGGUUUAGACGUGAUAGAGCUUCCCCCAGAUGAGAACCUGCCCGAGUGUCCCUUCGUUGAGGAUUGUGCGGUGGUAUGCAAUGGUAUCGCUCUUAUUUGCCGGCCAGGCGAUCCCAAUCGAUUGAAGGAGGUCGAUGCGGUGCGCUGUAUGCUCCGGAAGGAACUAGAUCUUCCACUUGCGGAAAUCGCCGAUCAAAAUGCACGCCUCGAUGGGGGUGAUGUUCUAUUCACUGGACGUGAGUUUUUUGUGGGUCUCAGCAAAUGGACCAACGAAGCCGGCGCACGGGCGGUGGCUGCUGCCUUCCCCGAGUAUCCGUGCGCUCCAAUCAAGGUAGAAGAAGUAAAUAUUCCUGCAAGUGCGAUAACGUUGGAUUUAAUUGAUGGAAUAAUUCAGGUGACCGAACAUCAUCAUCUCAAAUACUACGUCUCGAUGGCCGGCACCGAUGUGCUGUGCGUGAGCAAAAGCAAAGAAUCCCAAGAGAUACUCAAGAGGAUCGAACGGGAGGCUACGUACCCCUACACCACACUGACACUACAGGAAGAGCAAGCGGCCAACGUGUUGUACAUCAACGGAACACUGAUUCACCGCUCGGUGGAAGAGAUUCCACAGUCGGCGGCGAUUUUAUCCCAGAAACUGGACAUUCCAAGACAGAUUGUGCCAAUGACGGAGCUGGGCAAAUUUUCCAAUGGUUUGAGUGCCUGCUGCGUUUUAGUCAAGCGAUCCCGGCGCAUUAAGAGUUUGUAAAUCCGUGGGGAUGAUCGAUAGGAUAGGGACAAUGAAUCGUACAAACAAAUCUAAAUGAAAUCGUUUUGCUAGAUACAAUAAGAUUUACAACCGUAAUUUUUUUUGUCGAAGGAAUCAGAAUCUUUCAAUGGUAUUGAAGAUAUUGUUUACAUUGUUUUGUUAUAAAGAAAACUUCUUAACUAACUUAUUUGUUGCUGUUGCUGUAAAUCUAUGUUUAUCCUUAGUCACUCUAAGCUUUGCUUAAAGCAUGCUAGCUGUUUUGUAUAUUGUUGGGUGGAUACACUCUACGUAGAAGUAUUUGCAUUUAUUUACUAGCUAUUUUGUAAUGAUAUACCAAUUUUCGACUUCCAAGUAGCGCCUUUAUGUUUAUACUAAAUUGUAUACCAGUUUAUGAAACUAGUUUUCUCGGAAUAGACUUAUGUUAGCUGUAUUUUCCAGGAUUAUAAUAAAUUAGUAGUGUUUCAGAGGCAUAACAAAAAGUAGGUUGUGAUCAAACAAACGAAAUUACAAUAAACAGAUAAACGAAAAAAGAAGUGUUGGUUCGCUCUGAUAAUUACUCAUAGAACAGCGGCAGUACAUUCUAAAGCAUGUUGUAUACGCGUUCAAAUUAAAAUGAAUCUCACACAAAUGACAACAAUAUGACCAGUGCUCAAAACCAAUGUAUGAACUGAACUGUGCAUUCUCAAACUUCCGACUACGAUUAGGAUUAGGGGUUUGUUCUACAAAUUCACCGUAGAUAGAGUAAAAUCCUAGCUUGGCUUAUUUCCUCGUGAUUUAGUAGAAAAAUAGUAGUUUAGUGAAGAUAAUCGUGGCUGUUUCCUUUCCUGUUUCAAGAAUAACUUUACAAUACGCAACAAGCAAACUGUUCGAAUGGUUUAUGUAAGAUGAUAAAAAGUGGAAAUAGUUUUAUUUACAUUUUCGAACUUUACUGUAGUCAAAACGAGCGAUUCCAUGACACAAAAUAGUUCAGAGAAAUAGAGAAAUCACUUGAAACGA